UAUUAAGAAUCUGGUUUUUAAUCUUGAUAGUUAUUCGAUUAUGCUGUAAUAAUAUUUAAUACACUGUAGUCUGAAUUAAUAAAUAGUAUAAUCAUUGCCUUUGAGGGGAAUGCUCGUGAAUUUUUUUCCACUAAAGGAAAAGGUAUAGCUUUUAUAGGUAUGAAGACAUUGCCGAUGUUAACCUCAGAUUAUAAACUGUGAUAUUAAUAAAAUAAGGUACCGGCUUUUUGUCAAGGAUAUGCUUUUAUAGAAGGUGACAUUUAAUGUUGAGAUGCCCAAAGAAGAGGGAAAAAAAGAAUCUUCCGAGGGGGAAGAUAUUCCCAGUGACUUUUUUGAUGACUUUUGCAAAGAUGAUUUUAUGGAAGUUAUUGAUAGUUGGAAUGAUGACACUAAGGAUUCCCGACCAACACUUAAUGAAAAGGCUCUUGACAAUGUAGAAGAUUUACGAGAGCUGAUACCAAACCAAAACCGGAAAAACUCAAGCAAACAACACAGUCCACAUGAGACAGAGUAUGAAGAUCAACGUUUGAAUGAAUACAUACGCCCCGGAAGUCGUCGGGAUCCUAAUAAAACAAAACAAGCCAUCAAGAGAGACAAGGAAGUUAAAGUUAAAGAACUUCUUGCAAAACAUCUAGAAUCCAUGGAUGAUAUUAGACCACCAGGGACUGAAUUGGAUGAUUAUUUUGAUGAAAGCAGAAACAGCGAAAAAAAGAAAUUCGUUGAAGAAGUAACCAGGAGGCAUAUGAGUGAGAAACGACCACGGUCACCGUCCCCCUUCAAGCAUGCAGUGGAGAGAAGAAAAGACUCGCCAAGGAAUCGUCGCGAAUCACCUUUAAGGAAACGUAGAGAUUCACCAUCCAGGCAUCGUCGGGACUCGCCGCUAAGAUUUCGUCGAGGAACUCCAAGGCACAAUCGUGAUUCACCAGUGCGGAUUCGUCGUGAAUGGUCGCCAAAACGUAGAGAAAUACGAGGAUUUCGCGACCGCGGACACAAUCGUUUCAGCCCUGUUUACAUUUCGCGCCGACCUCAUGUUUUACAUCGGAGCCCACGUCGCAGUCCAAAGAGAUAUCAGAGUCCAGAUUUAAGGCGGGAACGCCGAUCUAGAUCACCAUACAAGCGUUAUACAUCGCGUUCUAUUUCACAGUCCCGAAGAGAAGAAAUUAAGGAUCAUGAUGAUAAAUAUUUAUAUGAUGCAUCGCAAUAUGUGCAAAAUACGGGUCCAUCAUAUCAGCAGCCUCCAGAAAGUUUUGCUGCUUACACAGAACCAUACUACCCUCCUGAAGCCGUGCCACAACCAGUUCCUGCUCCAAUCAACUCUAUGCCAGCACCUAAUAUGGUUCCAGCACCUUUUCAAAUGUCAUCUGGUAACUUACAAAAUCUGGACACCAAUACAGCUACACAAUGUGAUGCUUUGGCUAAGUUGGUUGCUGAUGGAAAACUUUCACAUGAAGAUUAUUUAAAGCUAGCACCAAUUAAAGGUGCUACACCUAACAUGGAUCCUAAAGAAAGAGUUGCUGUGCUGAAUCGCUGUAGGAUAGCAAUGGAAAAUCUUUGUAAAUUGGGACUGCCAAAUCGUUUGCUCAUGAACACUAGGAUCAAACCUCAAAAGGAGGAGAAGCAGACAACACAAUUUCCUGGCAAGAAGUUUUGCUCUCCUCUCAAAAGGCAGGGUGCUGUAGAGUAUCAUUUCUCUAAAAGUAGUAAAUCAUUGAUGGUACAACGCAACAAGGAGAUCAUAGAUUCAAUAAUCUCGGCUUUAUCUUUGGAAAAGAUUGUUGCAAAGCCGAAGAAGGUGCAAAAAGACAUGAGGGAUGCUUCAGUACAGACAACUUUGCCUGUUUGUGAUGUGUGUGAUAUUCGUGAAUCAACCAAGUUUAGUGAUAUGAGUACAUCAGUAAAUCCUGAAUAUUUUUCAUCCUCGGUACACACUCAAGUGAUUGAAGAAGACUUGUAUAGCUCCAAAUCAUUAUUCAACCCAAGUGGCAGCAGCAGCAGUGGCCCGCCAAUCUCCAUAGCUCAUCUGACACCUGCACAACUUGUCUCCCAGCUAGCAGCAAGAGCCAAGACCUUGAAGCAUACAGACACUUCACAUUCAGCUCCUAGAAGAAAUUUUGAUAAUUACCAUAGAGGUGGUAAUCAAUAUCCAAAUUCAAACUAUAAUAAUUAUCGAUAUCAAUAAUGUAUUUUGAUUGUAAAUCAAAUUAAGAUUUCAUAUGAUAAUAAACAAUUUUUAUUAGCAGUGUUUUUUUUCUGCUGUGUUCAAUCUUUUAUUUUACUGAUUCAUGGAGCAUUGAUUAUGUAAAUAUUGUGUGGUGUUUAAUUAAUUAUUUACAACAUUGAAAUAUGUUAAGAAAUUUAGUUAGUGAUUAAAGUUAUUUUGUUCUCAACCUAACUCCAUUUUAUUGUGAAUGUUUUUAUUACUAGGAAAGUGUGUCGGUUCAGGAGAUACAUGAAGUUGUGUGAAUUUAAAACAAUACUAGUUAUAGUCAUUUGUUUUAAGACUGCCAGAUUUGAGUUCUUACCUGUAUUGUGUUAAGGUGCUAAAAUAUAUUUUUUUAAAUAUACCUUGUAGAUAUAAUUUUCCUUUUUAAAUUAAAUUAAUCAACAUAUGUUUUUCAUCAGAUAUUGUGAUUUUAUUUUAUUAGAUAUGAAGUCGACGACCUUAAGUAAAUCCUCUAUAAUGACUUCUAUGAAGACUUUACAGGAAAGAGUGGGAUAUUUUUUAAGAAGAAUAAUGUGCUUCCAAGCUCCAGAAGUUAUACUUUGUAUACUGUGUUGGUUUUUGCAUCCAAUAUACAGAGGUAGAUUUAGAUAUUGCACCUUAAACAGCGCAGAAAUUAACCAAUUACAGUAUUUUUAAAUUUUGAAUUUCUACACUUCACAAUACUUGCUAUAGAACAUCCGGAACGAGUAGAGUACUAUGUCCCUCUGGUGGUUAUUUAUUUGCGUUUCUAUAAAUAUAAAACGGCCUAAGCUGGUACCCAAAAGUUCCCCUUAGACGAAAUAAUCGUAACACUUAGUAUACCUAGUGUAAAAUAUACUAAAGUUGAAGACUGCUAUAAUAUUGCAACAGCCUUCAAUUUAUGAUUGUAAAUUAUCAGUACAAACUAGACCACUAACAAAGUUUAAAAAAUAUAAGUAUAAAUAG